CCUCCCCGGCGGCACUCGGGAUUCUUCGGUGUUCCUCGGCCAGGCUUCGGGACGCUCCGGCUCCCCUCGGCGACGCCCGUGACAGCGGCGCGGCGGUCGGGCCUCUCCGGCAACGCUCGGGCGGCCCCGGCGCAGGGCGCAGGCGCGGGCGGCCCUUGUUGUGGCCCGGCCGCCCCUGUCCGCCGGCUGGCCCGGGAUGGCGGCCUUCGGCGUCCUCAGCUACGAGCACCGCCCGCUCAAGCGCCCGCGCCUCGGCCCGCCCGACGUCUACCCGCAGGACCCCAAGCAGAAGGAGGAUGAGCUGACUGCUCUGAACGUCAAGCAAGGCUUCAAUAACCAGCCAGCAGUCUCUGGGGAUGAGCAUGGCAGUGCCAAAAAUGUUAAUUUCAACCCAGCGAAGAUCAGUUCAAAUUUUAGCAGUAUUAUUGCAGAAAAGCUGCGGUGUAAUACACUGCCCGACACUGGAAGACGGAAGCCCCAGGUGAAUCAGAAGGAUAACUUCUGGCUGGUGACAGCACGUUCUCAGAGUGCCAUAAACAACUGGUUCACAGAUCUGGCUGGAACUAAGCCCCUCACUCAUCUUGCUAAGAAGGUGCCCAUCUUUAGCAAGAAGGAAGAGGUCUUUGGUUAUUUGGCAAAAUACACUGUUCCAGUAAUGAGAGCAGCCUGGCUCAUCAAAAUGACUUGUGCCUAUUAUGCUGCCAUCACAGAAACCAAGGUGAAAAAGCGUCAUGUCAUUGAUCCCUUCAUUGAAUGGACACAGAUCAUCACCAAAUACCUGUCAGAGCAGCUGCAGAAAAUUGCGGAGUUCUAUAGACAGCUCCCAGGGCAAGGCUGUGGUUCACCCCCUGGGCCAGUGCCCCAAGAGGUGGAACAAGCUUUGAAGCAGUGGGACUACAAUGAGAAACUAGCUAUGUUCAUGUUCCAGGACGGCAUGCUGGACCGGCAUGAAUUCCUGACGUGGGUCCUUGAGUGCUUUGAGAAGAUACGGUCAGGAGAAGAUGAAUUUCUGAAAAUGCUGCUGCCCCUGCUGUUGCGGUACUCUGGAGAGUUUGUGCAGUCUGCAUACCUGUCCAGACGUCUGGCCUACUUCUGCACCCGCAGGCUUGCUAUGCAGCUGGAUGGUGCUGGUGGGCACCCACCCCACAUCCUGUCUGGCCAGACAGGGAAUGCUCUUCCUUCAACUCCCACCCCUCAGCCAGCUGCAGGGAAUCCUCCUCCCAGCCCUUUCAGUGACUUACUGCUGUGCCCUCAGCACCGGCCAGUGGUAUAUGGGCUUAGCUGCAUCCUCCAGAGUAUAAUUUUGUGUUGCCCAAGUGCCCUUGUGUGGCAUUACUCAUUGACUGACAGCAGGAUAAAGACCGGCUCUCCACUGGACCACCUGCCUAUAGCCCCAUCCAACUUGCCCAUGCCAGGAGGGAAUUCAGCCUUUACACAGCAGGUACGGGCAAAGCUGCGUGAAAUUGAGCAGCAGAUAAAGGAACGUGGUCAGGCUGUGGAGGUUCGCUGGUCAUUUGACAAGUGCCAGGAAACCACAGCAGGUUUCACUAUCGGCCGUGUCUUGCACACUUUAGAAGUUCUGGACAGUCACAGCUUUGAAAGAUCUGACUUCAGCAACUCUUUGGAUUCCUUGUAUAACAGGAUAUUUGGGCUGGGUCCAACCAAAGACAGUCAUGAGCAGAUCUCCCCCGAUGAUGAUGCAGUGGUGGCCUUACUGUGCGAAUGGGCUGUCAGUUAUAAACGUUCUGGACGCCACAGGGCUAUGGUUGUGGCCAAACUCUUGGAGAAGCGUCAAGCAGAGAUAGAGGCUGAGAGAUGUGGGGACUCUGAAGUUGUGGAUGAGAAGGGCUCCAUCUCCUCGGGCUCUCUCUCAGCAGCCAGCGCUCCUGUCUUUCAGGAUGUCCUUAUGCAGUUCCUUGACACUCAAGCUCCUAUGCUAACUGAUCCUGGGAAGGAAAAUGAGAAGGUGGAGUUCUUUAACCUGGUGCUGCUGUUCUGUGAGCUAAUCCGGCAUGAUGUCUUCUCUCACAACAUCUACAUGUGCACGCUCAUCUCCCGGGGUGAUCUUGCCAUGGAUUCUCAUGGGCCUCGCCCGCCCUCGCCCUUCGAUGAUCCUGCUGAAGAGCACGACAGGAAGGAGACAGAGGGAAACAGUGGCAUCAAACUAGAGGACACAGGUCUUUCUGAAACCAUGGACAUUGACCACAACUCCAACAUGCUCUUUGAUGACAUGGAGAAGACAGACUUUUCGAUGUUUUCUCCUCCAAUGCAUUGUGAAUCUAAAGCCAGCCCUUCCCCUGAGAAACCAGAUCCUGAAAAGGAAGCAAAGCCUUUGCUGAAGGAUAAAUCUGUGGAAGGAAUGUUAGCAUCCCUGUAUGACCAGCCUCGGCACAUCCAGUAUGCAACACACUUUCCUAUUCCUCAGGAGGAGUCAUGCAGCCACGAGUGUAACCAACGGUUGGUAGUUCUUUUUGGGGUUGGAAAACAACGGGACGAUGCUCGGCAUACGAUCAAGAAAAUAACCAAAGACAUUCUAAAAGUCUUAAAUAGAAAGAGCACUGCAGAGACAGGUGGAGAGGAAGGUCAGAAGAGGAAAAAGAGCAAGCCAGAAGCAUUCCCAACAGCUGAAGAUAUAUUUGCAAAGUUCCAGCACCUUUCUCACUUUGAUCAGCACCAAGUCACAUCUCAGGUAUCUCGCAAUGUCUUGGAACAGAUCACCAGCUUUGCCUUGGGAAUGUCAUACCACUUGCCUCUGGUACAGCACGUGCAGUUCAUAUUUGACUUGAUGGAGUAUUCACUCAAUAUCAGUGGUCUUAUCGACUUUGCCAUCCAGUUGCUGAAUGAACUGAGCGUGGUGGAGGCAGAACUGCUGUUGAAAUCCUCCGACCUUGUUGGCAGCUACACCACCAGCUUGUGCCUGUGCAUCGUGGCUGUGCUGCGGCACUACCACUCCUGCCUUAUAUUGAACCAGGACCAGAUGGCUCAGGUCUUUGAAGGUCUGUGUGGGGUGGUGAAACAUGGCAUGAACCGCUCAGAUGGGUCCUCAGCGGAGCGCUGUAUCCUGGCCUAUCUCUAUGACCUGUAUACAUCCUGCAGUCACCUCAAAAGUAAAUUUGGGGAGCUCUUCAGUGACUUCUGCUCCAAGGUGAAGAACACAAUCUACUGCAAUGUUGAGCCAUCUGACUCCAAUAUGCUAUGGGAACCAGAGUUCAUGAUUGAUACUAUUGAAAAUCCAUCUGCACAUAACUUUACAUACACCAACCUGGGAAAGAGCCUCAAUGAAAACCCAGCCAACCGUUACAGUUUUGUCUGUAAUGCACUUAUGCAUGUAUGUGUGGGACACCACGAUCCAGACAGGGUGAACGACAUUGCUAUCCUGUGUGCUGAGCUAACUGGCUACUGCAAGUCUCUAAGCGCCGAGUGGCUGGGUGUGCUCAAAGCUUUGUGCUGUUCCUCCAAUAAUGGGACCUGUGGCUUCAAUGACCUCCUCUGCAAUGUUGAUGUCAGUGACUUAUCUUUCCAUGAUUCCUUGGCCACCUUUGUUGCCAUUCUCAUUGCCCGGCAGUGCUUGCUGCUGGAGGACCUGAUUCGCUGUGCUGCUAUCCCCUCACUCCUCAAUGCUGCCUGCAGUGAACAGGACUCAGAACCGGGAGCACGUCUGACCUGCCGGAUUUUACUCCAUCUGUUUAAGACUCCACAGCUGAACCCAUGCCAGCAAGAUGGCAACAAACCCACGGUGGGAAUCCGCUCUUCCUGUGACCGUCACUUACUGGCAGCUUCCCAAAAUCGUAUUGUGGAUGGAGCGGUCUUUGCAGUGCUGAAGGCUGUCUUUGUUCUGGGAGAUGCAGAACUGAAAGGCUCUGGCUUUUCCCACCCUGGAGGUGUUGACGAUCUCAUGGAUGAUGAGCUGGGCACCAGGAAGGCCGGUAGUCGGGUAGUAACUGUAGAAACGGCUAGUUUGGAUAUUUAUGCCAAGUAUGUGCUGAGGAGUAUAUGUCAACAGGAGUGGGUAGGUGAGCGAUGCCUGAAGUCCCUCUGCGAAGACAGCAAUGACUUGCAGGAUCCUGUCCUGAGCAGCACUCAAGCCCAGAGGCUGAUGCAGCUGAUUUGCUAUCCACACCGGCUGCUGGACAAUGAGGAAGGAGAAAAUCCUCAGCGGCAGAGGAUCAAACGCAUCUUACAGAAUCUGGACCAGUGGACCAUGAGGCAGUCCUCGCUGGAGCUGCAGCUCAUGAUUAAGCAGACAGCAAACAACGAGAUGAACUCCUUGUUAGAAAAUAUAGCCAAGGCCACCAUUGAAGUAUUCCAGCAGUCAGCAGAGACCAGCUCUGCUAGCUCUGCUGGCAAUGGAGUCAACAGUAUCAGUGGCUCAGCAAGUGCUACACCUGCCAGCAACAAAUCCAAACCCAUCCUCAGCUCCCUGGAGAGAUCAGGAGUGUGGCUGGUGGCCCCUCUGAUUGCCAAGCUUCCAACAUCAGUUCAGGGCCACGUGCUGAAAGCUGCUGGAGAAGAACUAGAGAAAGGACAACACCUGGGGUCAUCGUCCCGCAAAGAGCGGGACCGCCAGAAGCAGAAGAGCAUGUCCCUCCUGAGCCAGCAGCCAUUUCUGUCACUGGUGCUAACAUGCUUGAAAGGACAGGAUGAGCAGCGGGAAGGCCUCCUCACCUCUCUGUACAGUCAGGUGCAGCAGAUUGUUACCAAUUGGCGGGAAGAUCAGUACCAAGAUGACUGCAAAGCCAAGCAGCUGAUGCAUGAGGCCCUGAAACUACGGCUGAAUUUGGUGGGGGGAAUGUUUGACACAGUUCAACGCAGUACACAGCAGACAACUGAGUGGGCUGUGCUUCUCCUGGACAUCAUCAGCAGUGGCACCGUGGACAUGCAGUCAAACAAUGAGCUCUUCACCACAGUGUUGGACAUGCUGAGUGUUCUCAUCAAUGGCACCCUGGCUGCUGAUAUGUCCAGCAUUUCUCAGGGCAGCAUGGAGGAGAACAAGCGGGCAUACAUGAAUCUUGUCAAGAAACUCAGGAAAGAGCUGGGGGACCGGCAGUCUGACAGCCUGGAGAAGGUGCGACAGCUACUGCCGCUUCCCAAGCAGACCCGAGAUGUCAUCACCUGUGAACCUCAGGGAUCCCUCAUUGACACCAAAGGCAAUAAAAUAGCUGGAUUUGACUCCAUCUUCAAGAAGGAGGGUCUGCAAGUCUCUACAAAGCAGAAGAUUUCCCCUUGGGAUCUGUUUGAGGGCUUAAAGCACUCAGCUCCCCUCUCCUGGGGAUGGUUUGGGACAGUCCGAGUGGAUCGCAAGGUGUCUAGAUUUGAGGAGCAGCAGAGGCUUCUUCUGUACCACACACACUUGAAACCCAAGCCCCGCAGUUACUACCUGGAGCCGUUGCCACUGCCCCCUGAAGAGGAAGAGCCUCCUACACCUGUGGCUUUAGAGCCAGAGAAGAAAGCUGCGGAACCAGCCAAGGCUGAUAAAACAAGCUCCAACCCUGCCACCUCUACUGAGGAACGCAAGAAGAAACAGAGCAAAACCAAGAAACGUAACCAAUCUGCCAGCAAAACUGAGGAUUUUGUGUUGGGUCCUAGCCGAGGGGUUUCGUACGGAGUUGGUAUGCCUACAGAUCUCUUGCAUCACCAGUCAGGAAGCACUAUGUCGAGGCUGGCUUAUGGGCAAUCACCAGUGGGUCUCUACGCUCAGAAUCAGCCUCUUCCAGCAGGUGGCCCUCGUCUGGAUACAUCCUACAGGCCUGUACGCAUGCCACUGGGGAAACUUGUUCAGAGUCGUCCUCCCUAUAGUGGUGUGCUGCCUCCGGGGAUGGGGAGCAUGAUGGGCAUUGACCCCUCUUACAAGCCAGCAGUAUACAGACAGCAGCCUCCAGUGUCCCAGGGACAGAUACUGAGGCAGCAGCUUCAAGCAAAGUUGCAAGGCCAAGGCAUAAUGGGACAGCAGCCUGUGCGCCAGAUGGCUCCAACCCCAUCCUACGGAGGACUGCAGCCCUCCCAGGGUUACACACCUUACGUCUCCCACAUAGGCCUUCAGCAGCACCCUUCCCAGUCAGGCACGAUGGUACCUCCUACCUAUUCUGGCCAGCCCUAUCAGAAUUCCCACCCGAGCUCUAAUCCUGCCCUGGUGGAUCCUGUUAGGCAGAUGCAGCAGAGACCAAGUGGCUACGUACACCAGCAGGCCCCUGGCUACGGGCACAGCUUGAGUAACACACAGAGGUUUCCUCACCAGUCAAUACAGCAGGCCCCCAUGAUGAGUGGGAUGAACCAUUUGGGUCCACAAGGAGUCCCCUCGGGAAUUCGACCCAGCCAGAUACUGCCUGACCAGCAGCAGCAGCAGUACCUGAGGCAACAGCAGCAACAGCAGCAGCAGCAGCAGAUGCUGAGGCAGCAGCAGCAACAACAACAACAACAGCAGCAGCAGCAGCAACAGCAGCAGCAGCAGCAACAGCAGCAGCAGCAGCAGCAGCCGCAGCCACCACAGCCACAGCAGCAACCCCAGGUCUCCACAGUGCCUCAGCCACAGGCGCAGGGCCAGCCCCCAGGGCUGGGGAUGCAGGCUCUUCCCCCGCAGCAGCCCAUUUUCCAGCGCCAGGGCCUUCAACAAACACAGCAGCAGCAGCAAACAGCUGCUCUGGUUCGACAGCUUCAACAGCAGCUUUCCAAUACACAGACACAGCAGAACAACAACCCAUUCGGACGCUACUGACCUAUGGCACUUCAGCCUGGUCCAGGAGGGAGACAUCACUGUGGACUGGAUACAGCCUCUUCAGCCUGACCCACAAACUGGGGCUGCCCCCAACUUCUGUCCUUGGGCCUGUGCCCCCCGUACUGCUGCUGCCUAUCUCACAGGGAGAUGCCAGGAGGAUGGUUUUAUUGUACAGAGAAAGUGUUUUUACUAUCAGAUUUCUACAAACGUUUAUGCAGAUCCCUUGUGGCUGACAGUCUCCCUUUCCCACUUUGGUUUCAGUUUUUACUCUGUUUUUAGUAUUUUUGUUAAAAUAAUGAUUAAGACAAUGUAAAAUUUUGUACUUUAUUUAUACCAGAUGAAACCCUGUACUGCAGACAUUCUCGGAUGAAUACAGAGAGCUUACUUUGCAAAAGGA